AUGGUAGCGGUACACACCUCCGCCCCGUACGCAGCGUCCACGGAGUGGAUCGUCUGCCUCGACAAGAGGCCAGCAGAACGUUCCGGAGAGGAUGUUGACAUUAUCCUGGCACGGCUGAAAGGCGUGAAGGCCUUUGAGAAGUUUCACCCCAGUCUCCUCCAGCAGAUCUGCAUGUGUGGUUUCUAUGAGUACCUGGAGAAAGGCAUUACCUUGUAUCGACAAGGCGAUAUUGGCACCAGUUGGUACGCCGUCCUGUCGGGCUCCCUGGACGUCAAAGUGUCCGAAACAGCGAACCAUCAGGAUGCUGUCACUAUAUGUACUCUGGGUAGCGGGACGGCAUUUGGGGAGUCCAUCUUGGAUAAUACGCCACGUCAUGCCACCAUAGUCAGCCGUGAAAGCAGUGAGCUCCUACGCAUUGAACAGAGGGAGUUUAAAACUCUAUGGGAGAAAUACAGACAGUGCAUGGCAGGAUUGCUUGCUCCUCCGUAUGGGGCUAUGGAAAGUGGAGCCAGCAAUGAGAGAAUGCCGGACAAGGAGAAUCUAAACGCUGAUUCUUUAAAUUUUAUGUCUAAGAAUCUUAACAAGGUAAGCAUUUUCAGAACAGAAAUACACACGCACACACACUCUGUCUGUCAGGUGCCCUCUGAGAAGAUUCUGCGGGCUGGGAAAGUGCUGCGUAAUGCCAUUCUGGCCAGAGCUCCACACAUGAUCAGAGACAGGAAAUACCAUCUGAAAACCUACAGGCAGUGUUGUGUGGGGACAGAGCUGGUAGACUGGCUGCUGCAGCAGAGUGCGUGUGUUCACAGUCGGGCUCACGCCGUGGGCAUGUGGCAGGCCCUGGUGGAAGACGGAGUCCUCAAUCACAUUGAUCAAGAGCUGAACUUCCAGGACAAGUACCUGUUCUACCGUUUCCUGGACGACGAGGAGGAGGAUGCUGUGUUGCCGAGCGAGGACGAGAAGAGGGAGGCAGAGGAAGAGCUCCAGGAGACCCUCCUCUUCCUCUCUCAGAUCGGCCCUGACGCCCACAUGCGAAUGAUCCUCAGGAAACCGCCAGGCCAGAGGACACAGGAGGACCUGGAGAUCAUUUACGAUGAGCUGCUGCAUAUUAAAGCCCUUUCUCACCUCUCCAACACUGUGAAGCGGGAGCUGACCGGGGUGCUGAUCUUUGAGUCUCAUGCCAAGGCAGGCACUGUGUUGUUUAAUCAGGGUGAAGAAGGCACUUCCUGGUACAUCAUUCAGAAGGGAUCUGUCAACGUGGUCAUCUAUGGCAAGGGAGUGGUGUGUGCACUGCACGAAGGGGAUGAUUUUGGGAAACUAGCACUGGUGAACGAUGCCCCACGGGCUGCCUCCAUCGUACUGAGAGAGGACAACUGUCACUUUCUACGUGUGGACAAAGAGGACUUCAACCGUAUACUCAGGGAUGUAGAGGCUAACACAGUCCGUCUGAAAGAACACGACCAGGAUGUGUUGGUGCUACAGAAAAGCCUGCGUCCCUCCAGCCACGGAAAUGUCCCCACCCACUUUAAAUACACUGUGAUGGCUGGAACCCCAGAGAAGAUUCUGGAACAUUUGUUAGAGACGAUGCGGCUGGACAUUCAUUUCACCGAUCCAGAUCCUGCUCUGGAUGACUUUGUGCUGAUGCACUGUGUCUUCAUGCCCAACAGUCAGCUCUGCCCUGCUCUCCUGGCCCACUACCACUCCCAGGCGUCUCAGGGCUCAGAGCAGGAGCGCAUGGACUACACUGUGGCCUGCAAGAGGCGAGUGUUCAGCCUGGCCCUGAGGUGGGCUACACUGCAGUCUCACCACCUGCUGGAGGACGACACAGCACUCAGCUUCGUGGAGGAGCUGUGUGGUUUUGUGUCCAAUGAUGCCAGGGUCUUGCGUCCACUGAAGGAACUUUUGCCUGAUCUGGAGAAGAUCGUAAAACAAAACUCAGAAGAUUCCAGAUCUUCACAGAAAAAGCAUAAAGUCCUCCUGCGGCAGUUCAGCUCUGGGGAGGAGAGGCUUUCUAAAAGACAACCAAUCAGGAGCUUUGAUGACAUUCUGCUGAAGGUGUACUGCAGGGACCAUACCUACACCACUAUCCGUGUCCCUGUGCUGGGCACAGGCAGAGAUGUGACCGCUGCUGUGGCUGAUAAACUGGGAUCAACAGAGGACCUGCUACUGAUCAACCUCAGCUCCUCAGGAGAAAAACAGAUUCUGAAGCCCAAUGAUGUCUCAGUGUUCCAGUCUCUUGGAAUAAAUGGACGUCUGUUUGUCUGCCCUCGAGAUCAACUUGACUCUCUGACUCCGUUGCCAGAGCAGGAAGGUCCCUCCACAGGCUCCAUGUCCAGUUUUGAGUUGAUGAGUUCGAAAGACCUUGCCUUUCAGCUGACUCUGUAUGACUGGGAGCUUUUCAGCUGUGUCCAUGAGCAUGAGCUGGUGUACCACACGUUUGGCCGUCAGGCCUACAGGAGGUGCACGGCGAACCUGGAGCUCUUCCUCAGGCGUUUUAACCAGGUCCAGCUGUGGGUGGUGACAGAGGUCAGUCUGUGUGGAACACUCAGCAAACGCGUUCAGCUGCUCAAAAAGUUCAUCAAGAUCGCAGCCCACUGUAGAGAGUUUAAGAAUCUCAACUCCUUCUUUGCCAUCAUCAUGGGCAUGUGCAACCCAGCGGUCAGCAGGCUCAGUCAGACAUGGGAGAAACUCCCAAGUAAAUUUAAGAAGUUCUAUGCGGAGUUCGAGAGCUUACUGGAUCCAUCCAGGAAUCACCGUGCUUACCGCCUCACUGUGGCUAAGAUGGAGCCACCAAUCAUCCCUUUCAUGCCCCUUCUCAUUAAAGACAUGACAUUCACACAUGAGGGAAACAAGACGUUCAUUGAUGGUCUGGUGAACUUUGAAAAAAUGCGCUUAAUCGCAAACACCAUCCGAGCAGUGAGACACUGUAGAAGUCAGCCCUUCAAUGCAGAGGCCUCUCCGGCAAGCAAAAAUCCACAGGAAGUACGGAACUACGUGCGUCAGCUGAAUGUGAUUGACAACCAGAGGACCCUAUCACAACUGUCAUUCAGACUUGAGCCUAGGAGGGCCUAA